AUGCAAUUCACCUUUGUCACAGUCGUCCUUUCCUUCGUCGCCGCCACUUUUGCGACUUCCGUAUCCUUCGAUCCGACGUACGACCAAGCCUCAGCAUCUCUUGGCAAUGUCGCCUGCUCAGACGGUAGCAACGGUCUCAUCACCAAGGGCUUUGAUACCUUUGGUUCGCUUAAGAACUUCCCGAACAUCGGUGGAGCUGCUGCAGUAGAAGGGUGGAACUCGGCUGCAUGCGGGACCUGUUGGAAGUUGACUUACAAUGGACAAAGCAUCAAUGUUCUGGCCAUUGAUGUUGCGAUAGAUGGUUUCAAUGUCUCGGAGGAAGCCAUGAACACCCUCACGGGAGGUCAGGCCGAGCAAUUGGGUCGGGUUGAUGCUACUGUGGAGCAGCUCGAUGCCUCCGCUUGUGGACUCUGA